AUAAGUGAUUUCAAGGAUUGUUGGAUUUAUUAUUAUUUGUUUUUUUCUUUUACUAAAAACAAAUACUCAUUUCAUAAUUCAGGGGUUUCUAGAUUCAUCACAAACCCUAAAGAUGCAGAACGAAGAAGGCCAAAUCACCGAGCUCUAUAUUCCUAGAAAAUGUUCUGCUACAAACAGAUUGAUAACCGCCAAGGAUCAUGCUUCGGUUCAGAUCAACGUCGGUCAUUUGGAUGAAAGCGGUGUUUACAAUGGUCACUUCUCCACUUUCGCUCUCUGUGGCUACGUUCGCGCACAGGGAGAUGCUGACAGUGGACUCGAUCGAUUGUGGCAGAAAAAGAAAACCGAAAUUAAGCAGUAGAUGACAUGACCACAUCUUUGUUUGUCGUGUGUUUGAGUUUAACUUCUGUUAGAGAUAUUAGAUGAUUGUGAUUUAUGAAUUGUUGUAGUACCUAUUUUGAAUUUCCUCUUGGUACCUUCAACUAAAGUUACCUUUUUAUUAAUCUGUUUACAAGA